AGGGUUUUAACUAUUAAACCUCAGUUAAGCCGUAGCUAUUUUUCUUCUUCUCCACCAAAAACACCACUCAAAACAAUGAACUCACUAGCAAAAUUCGCAGCUUCACAAUCACAUAAUGCCUCCAGAAGGUGGCUAGCUUCGCAGCUAUUCACCACUUCAACCGCCGCCAAACGCUGCUCUAAAUCCGGCAUACUCUCCGACACUAAACCCCCAACAGCACAGGAAUGGCCUAGGCCUUCUAAGAUACCUUACCAACCCAAGGCGGCUAAUUCCGUCACCCUUUCCGGUUACAUUAAUAUGCCCGUACAAUUCGAAGCUGCUUCCGAUGGGAAAUUCUGGGCUGGCACUGUUAUUUCACAGAACCCUUCCCAUGAUUCUCCUCCUCUUUGGAUUCCGAUUAUUUUUGAGGGUGAUUUGGCUCACACGGCUGCUUUUCAUCUUAAAGAAAAUGAUCAUGUUUACAUUGAUGGGCAACUCACUGCUGAUCCACCUUCUAAUGCAACUCGUAAUCAAGCCAGUGUCCAGGUUAUGGUGCGUGCUAUCAACUUUGUUGAUGAAUCAUCUCCCAAGACAAAAAGCAUUGCUUCUGUUAAAACCAAAAGGACCUCAAGGCAUUCUGAUAGUACUGGGAAAGAUGCUGAACCUGCAGCGAAUACAUGGAGAGAUCUUCUAGAUAAUCCAAAAGAAUGGAUGGAUUACCGUGAACAUAAGCUUAAUGGAUCAGUAAAACCCAAAUAUCCUGAUUUUAAACGCAAAGACGGUGUUCAUUCACUUUGGCUCGAUAGUGCACCAAAGUGGGUUGUACCAAAACUUGAAGGACUGAAAUUCGAUAUUCCUAAAGUGAAACCACCCAAAGAUUUAGUGGAAGGAUCCUGGAAGGACUUGGUUGAAAACCCGAAUAAGUGGUGGGACAAUAGAUUGCAAAAGAUAAACGGCAAGGUGAAGGAAAAAUACCCCGAUUUCAAACAUAAAGAAACCGGCAAGGUUCUAUGGGUUAGUGACAUGCCAACUUGGGCGGAAUCUAAGUUGCCGCCUUUAAAUAGUAAAAAAUGGUCCGGCAACCCAUGAAAGGGAAUAGGUAAGGCUAGUUUAGCAUUACUUUUGUGGUCGACAAAGAACUUUAGGUUGGUUUCAAAGUGGAAUGAAACAGAUUCAUUGUUGAGUUGACACACUGAGCAACGGGGGUUAAAAGUUGCAUUCUUUGUGACUGUUAUUUUGUCUUUGUUGUAGCGAUUAAUUUACUUUUGUUCAAAUACAGUAUAUUAUAUAUAUAUAUAUAUAUAUAUAUAUCUUUUGCUCCCUCAAA